GUUUCUUCAGCAGUAUCGUCGAUUCAUCGUGAUCACGUUGGGAGCGCGACAGGCGUAUGAGUGAAGGCCGUGCGAAGAUAACUUCACACCGCGCUCGCGGGCGGAGAUAACUUCACAUCGUUCGGCGGGUACGUGCUCUCACGCGUGAGUCGAGGAGAGGACUCCUUCGUUAUCGGUAUCAGUCGCCCGUUGUCGCCGCGCGUGCACGUCUCACUAACUCCGGAACGCGUGUGCCGGCUCCCGCUCUCGCUCUUGAAUCUCUCUCUCUUUCUCUCUCUCCUCUCUUUCCUCUUACUGCGCCGACAAGCGUGACUCGUGGCGCGCUGUGUACCGGGGUCCAUAACACGCGUGCUUCUAUGCUCUACGUCGUCGCGCGCGAUACGACAACAUGACGGCCGAGAACGGGCACGGUGACUCUCGGAUGCGAGCGCGCAGGACGAAGAGCGUCACGAGGGCGGAGGAGAUCCAGAAGGUGGAGCAGAAGGUCCGCAGAUCGCAGCCUGACAAGCCAUGUCACCGUCCAAGAGAUAGUCUCUUUUCGUGGAGCUCCGGCUUCGAUAACUUCACGGGAUUCGUCAAUUGGGGCUUCUUACUGCUAGGUAUUGGUGGUGUCCGGCUACUGCUUGAAAAUUUCAUAAAAUAUGGAAUCAGAGUGGAUCCCUGGCAAUGGUUUCUGUUCCUUAGCGGCAAGAACGAUGGCGGCGAAGAAUAUCCCUCGUUGUUGCUCAUCUUCUAUUCUACCGUGCCGGUGGGCCUUUGUCUGCUGAUCGAGAAGGGACUGUCUGUGGAUAUCAUAGCUCAUGGCACGGGAAUGGUGUUCCACGUCAUAAACCUCGUUGUGAUGGUACUGAUGCCGAUGGUGGUCAUCCACGUGAAGGAUUCCGGAUUCAGCUUGGUUGGCGCGAUGUACGUGUGUAUGCUGUACGCUAUACUCUUUUUGAAGUUAUGGUCGUACAUACAAGUGAACAUGUGGUGCCGUUUGGGCAGCCGAAAGAAAAGCACGCAAGGCAGAAUGAGACGUCAGCUGUCUUAUAAUAAUCUUCAGUCUUCCGGUAUUCAACAGAAUACAAAUGACGUCACCGAUUUUGAGCACGAGAUGACCGACCGCGGGAAUGCACUGUAUCCUGUACAAUAUCCUGACAAUUUAAACUUCGGCGAUCUUUAUUACUAUAUAUUGGCGCCCACUUUGUGCUACGAAUUGAAUUUUCCCAGAACACAGCGGAUCCGAAAAAGGUUCCUUAUAAAACGGAUAUUGGAAGUCCUCGUAGGAUGCCAAGUUGUGAUGUCACUUUUCCAACAAUGGAUGAUACCUUCCGUUAAGAAUUCAUUAAUCCCUUUCAGCAAUAUGGACGUAGCCAAGGCCUCCGAGCGUCUUCUCAAGCUGGCGAUACCAAAUCAUCUAGUAUGGCUUUGCUUUUUCUAUCUGAUAUUUCACUCCUUCCUCAAUCUGUUAGGCGAGCUGCUACACUUUGCAGAUCGGAAUUUUUACUGCGACUGGUGGAACGCCAACAAUAUCGAUACGUUCUGGAGAACAUGGAACAUGCCGGUGCAUCGCUGGGCUGUGCGACAUCUCUACAUUCCGAUAGUAGAGAUGGGCUAUGGUAAAACCACGGCGUCGGUGACCGUCUUCUUUAUUAGCGCUUUCUUCCACGAGUAUCUCGUCAGUGUACCCUUGAAGACGUUCAAGAUAUGGGCGUUUAUGGGUAUGAUGGGACAGAUACCACUGUCGGUGUUGAGCAAGAUGGCGGAACGAUACUGCGGCGCCAGAUGGGGCAACAUCGUCGUGUGGGCGAGUCUCAUCAUCGGGCAACCACUUUGUAUAAUGAUGUAUUACCACGAUUACGUUGUAACGCAUUUUGGUGAGACUCUGAUCGAGGACUAUUCGGUGGUGUAAGGGAGUUAAAAGGGAAAAUGCAGAAAUGAGGGAGGAACUCUUCGAAGAGAGGGGGAGGGGGGAGGAGGUAGAAACUCGUGAUCGAAAGAUCUGUUUCGCUUGUCCGCGAAACUGUCGAUCACGGAUUCACGUGGCUUCCAGCUUGUAUUCCGGGCGCGAGGAAAUUCCUCGAGUCAUCGUCCCGUCGUAAUUUAAUUGUUUGCUAAUCGUUUAAUUGCCCAUGUGAUGAUUUACAACCGUUUGUAAGUUUGAUAAUACAAAUGUGCCUUAAACGUAACUUCGCGUUGUUGUGAACAACAAUACGAAGUAACGCGAGCGAAUGUUGAAGCGAAACCGAGAUUGUUCGCGGAUCGUUUGAAGAUACCAUUUUGUUUUAUAAGAAUUUUCUAGUACAUAUUUGAAAAAAGAAACUGUAAAUAUGUAUUUACCAGAGUUAGGCGUGUACAGCGGAGCCUUGAUAAUUUUUGUACAAUAGCAAUUGUAGUCGCGCGCUUCCACGCCGGAAGAGGCGAAACUGUUGUCGAAUAAACAAGAUAUUUCGCA